GAGUUUUGGCGGGGCGGGGUGGGGGGGCAGGCUGCGACCCGAACCUUGACCCGGCGGUGGCGAGGACUGCGACCCUCCCGCUCAUGGCGCGGCACGUGUUCCUCACCGGGUCGCCAGGAGUUGGAAAAACCACCUUGAUCCAAAAAGCCAGUGAGCUUCUGCAGUCCUCUGGGUUGCCUGUGGAUGGAUUUUACACAGAAGAAGUCAGGCAGGGAGGGAGAAGGACUGGAUUUGAUGUGGUCACCUUGUCUGGUGCCCGGGGACCACUGUCCAGAGUUGGGUCCGAGCCCCAGCCUGGGAAACGUGACUGCCGAGUUGGGCAGUAUGUGGUCGAUCUGACUUCUUUUGAGCAGUUGGCACUUCCUGUCCUGAAGAAUGUGGAGAAACUGAGGCACGGAGGAGGAAGGACCUUUCUAGGGACACAGAGCCUGCGGGAAACAGAAGAGGAGCAGGAGCUGAAAGCUGGCCCAGGUAGCCGCUGUAGCUCACUUGCAGCAUUUGCUGAAGAUCUGGCGACUCUCACUGGCUGCCUUCCUGGUGUCACCUGGCAGGAUGAGGCCUUACUGUCCCGUUGCUGGCUUUGGUGUGAUUCUGUGGAUCAGAUGCCCUUGGUUACCACACCCACUUGAGGCUCUUCAUGCAACCACUUAUCAAGGUUGCAGGCUCCGUAGGCCGGACUGGGGUUGCAUGUGUGCAGACUGUCACAUUUACUCUUUCCCCACACACUUGGCCUCCUCUCUGGUACUUUCUCUUCUCACCUCCUGUAGCUUCUGUCUGAAACCCCAUUCUUCUUAAAGGAAGAACAUUCCCAUGGGAUAAAUUGGUUGUUUUCUGGGAUCUAAAUCUUAGAAAGUAUUUAUAUGUGUAAUUUUCUUUUUCACUUUUGUACUGAUUAUUUUUUUUAAACUUAAUUUGAAUCUAAUUUUGCUCUUCAAGAAAAUUACAAGAAUAAGAAUCUUACAAGAACACUUUUGUGUGUACUUAUUAUCUACUUACCUAUUUUUAACAUUUUAAUUCAUUUACCUUAUAUAAGCUUCCUCACUAUAUGUAUAUGAGCGUAUAUAUGCAUUGUAUAUGUGUUUGCAUAAAUAUAUAAAUGUACAGAUUAAAGGGAGAGUUGACCAUUUGAGACUGCAUUGUAAGCAUAGGGAGACUUUAUUCCGAAACAUUCGGUAUGCUUUUCUUUAAAAUACGGGCAUAGUCAUGUAAUCGAUACACACAUGGUGGUUGAACACUGUGGGGCUUUGGGGCUGUGAUACUCCUCAUCUCUCACCCCCACACAGUUAAAAAUCCACAGAUAGCUUUUGGCUCCCCCAAAAUUUGACUGCUUCUAGCCUGCUGUUGAUCAGAAGCCUUACCAAAUAUAAGCAGUCAUAUACAUUGCAAAAUGUGCAGGGCCCCAGCGGGGUCAUUUUUUACUGCAAUACGCAGUUUACUGGAGGUGAGGAGCGGAGAUGAGGAGCAUCACAGAGUUUUGGAGUUGAAACUCCAAAUGUGACUCACCACAGGAGCAGCGGGAGGAGGCUGCAGGAUCAUGGCCAUGGUACAGUGCACACCGUGGUUUUACAAGGUUAUAAUGCUAUAUCUUUGUUUCUCAACUGCACAUGGUGCCGGUGUCACGUAUGGGCUGUGUCUAUGUGACUGUUUAGACACAUUGAACUCUUUAUAAUAGAUUUGUGUAUAUAGCAUUUUAUAGUAAGCAAUAAAAUAGACUGUUGUCCAUAUAUUUUAUGCAUUUAUGACAUACUGAACUUUUCCUUAAUUUUUCAGUAUUUCUGGGCUGUGUGAUUCUUCUCCAAGUUUUUUCAAAUUGUCACAAAUCUCCAAAAAGAAAAAAAAUAUAUGAGUAUAGGCAGAUUGCACAGUUUAAACCCAUGUUCAAGGGUCAGCUGUACUUAGCAACUCUAUAAACAUCACGCAAUGCAGAUGCUUUACCUUUAUAGUCCAGGUCUGUCAUCUGACUUAACAAUGUUUUAGUGGUUUUCCUUUUCCUCCAGUUCAAAUGUAACUUGAGUUACAAUGUAACUGCAGUGUAACUUGAGUCAGAGAGACAUCUUGUUAGCCUCCUGUAACCUAGAAAAAUUCCGCAGUCCCUUUUGUCUUUUAC